AUGGCGCAGUUCUCUCUCACAUUCACUGCCCGCCGGAGCGAAGCCGUGCUUGUCGCGCCGGCAAAGUCGACCCCUUACGAGCUCAAGCCGCUCUCCGACAUCGACGACCAACACGGCCUGCGCUUCUACCGCUCCGGCAUACUCUUCUUCCGCAACAACCCUGCCCAAUCCGGUCGCGACCCGGCCGCCGUCAUAAAGCGGUCCCUCGCGGAGGCCCUAGUCUACUACUACCCCCUCGCGGGCCAGCUUUGUGCUGGCCCCAGUGAUAAGCUUAUUGUUGAGUGCACCGGCGAUGGUGCCGUCUUCGUGGAGGCCGACGCCGACGUCCGGCUCGAUGACUUUGGCGGCGCGCUGAGCCCACCGAUCCCGUGUAGCGACCAACUACUCUGCGAGCCUGAGAGCACCUCUAGCGAUGUCAUCGGCCGGCCCUUGGUCUACAUUCAGGUGACACGGCUCGCGUGCGGAGGGUUUGUCUUCUGCAUCCAGAUAUGCCACUGCAUGGCUGACGCAGCAGGGCUGGUGCAGUUCAUGAUGGCGAUGGGCGAGCUGGCGCAAGGGACCACCGCGCCCGCGGUGCCACCGGUGUGGGCCCGGGAGAUACUAAACGCCCGGUCCCCGCCGCGCGUCACGCAUCCACACCCGGAGUACGAGCAGGUCCCUGACCCCACCAAGGACCGCAUCUCCCCCGCCGAUGUUCUGGCCCAACGGCCGUUCUUCUUCGGCGAGAAGGAGAUAUUGGCAUUGCGUUGCCAGGCGCCCGCGCACCUGCGAGCGACCUGCUCUCGAUUCGACAUGAUCGCCGCCUAUGUCUGGCGGUGCCGCACGAUCGCGUUGGGCUACGAUUCAGAAGACGAAGUCCGAAUACAAUUCGUAGUGAACGCGAGGGGGAAGAGGAACAAUGCGCUGGGCCGAGCCCCGAUGCUCCCCCUGGGGUUCUACGGUAACGCUUUCGCGUUCACGGUGGCAUCUUCGACCGCAGGGGAGCUGUGUCGGAAGCCAUUCAGCUAUGCGCUUGAGCUGGUGGCGGCCGCAAAGGCGCGAUCGGCAGCGGUCGACCACUUGCAGUCGGUGGCCGACCUCAUGGUGCUGAAAGGGCGGCCACGGUUCGCGACGGCGCGAACUUACUUGGUUUCCGACCUGACGAAAUCAGGGUUGGAGGAACUCGACUUUGGGUGGGGGAAGGGGAUAUACGGCGGCCCUGCGACCGCGAUGUUGGCGACAUUCCACAUCCCAGUGCGGAGCGCGGGAGGGGAGAGGGGGAUACUGGUGCCGGUGCGGCUUCCGGAGUUCGCCAUGGAGAGGUUUGUGGUGGAGAUGAAGAGGGGGCUAGUGAUGAAGGAGGAGGAGGAGAGCCGUGGCUAUGGAGGCCAACAAUAUGCUACGGUUGGGUCUACGUGCAUGGCCAUGUCCAAAUUGUAG